AUGGCAUACAACCAGCCCUACAACCCAGACGCGCUCCCCAGGUACAACCAGACCUACGGCCGACUCUCUCCCCACCCACCACCCUCGGGACACGGAAGUAACAACAGUUACAGGCAGCAGCAGAACUCGCAGUAUGCUCACACCAUGUCUCCUCCUCCCGUGGGCGGCCAGCGACCUCCGCCUGUCCAGAACCGGCCCUCCCCGGUCUCGAGGCCCCCGCCAAGCCCAGCCCCUCCCGGCGACGAUAGAGACCCGACACUGCUACCGCUUUUCAGGGCUGUCGAUAAGAACGGAACCGGCCAGCUCUCGGAAAAGGAACUCUCGGCGGCACUCGUCAACGGUGACUGGACGGCCUUCGACCCUCACACAGUUCGCAUGAUGAUCCGUAUGUUCGACAGCGACCGGUCGGGCACCAUCGGCUUCGAGGAGUUCUGUGGGCUCUGGUCCUUCCUGGCCUCGUGGCGCACCCUGUUUGACCGCUUCGACGUCGACCACUCGGGCAACAUCCAGCUCGACGAGUUCCGCGACGCCCUCAUCGCCUUCCGCUACCGCCUCUCCGAGCGCUUCGUCGAGCUGUUGUUCCAGACCUACGACAAGCGGAACGAGGGCCAGCUGAGCUUCGACCUGUUCGUCCAGGCCUGCAUCAGCCUCAAGAGGAUGACCGACGUCUUCAAGAAGUAUGAUGAUGACCGCGAUGGGUACAUUACGCUUAGCUUUGAGGAUUUCUUGACCGAGAUCCUGAAGCAGCUCAAGUAG